UAUAGUGUGUCAAGAUUGCGGCUUGUCAUCUGUUGUCAUUUACUGUUUACUGUUUACAACGUGCAGAACGUGUUUACAACAAAAACGUUAUUUAAGAAGUUUUUGUACAAGUUUUGUGUUUGGUGGAUUUGAAUAUCAGCAAAAAAGUUAAUAACAUUCUCAGAAGCCCUAGGUGUCGAUACUUAUAAGCAAAAUACCAAAUGUCGACUAAAACCAAUUCGAUUGAUGCCAGGCAGGAACUUGCCGAUUUAGUCAAACGAAAAGCUGAAAUUGGGGAAACCCUGGCUAAUUUAGAGCGUCAAAUCUACGCAUUUGAAGGAUCUUACUUAGAAGACACCCAGCUCUAUGGGAAUAUUAUUAGGGGUUGGGACAGAUAUUUGUCCAGCAACAAAACGACAAAUUCCAAAGCAGAUAAACGCAACAGGAAGUUCAAGGAGGCCGAAAGACUGUUUUCCAAAAGCUCCAUCACUUCUAUGGCAGCAGUGAGCGGUAUAGUAGAUCAGACUCAAGACAAAAUUGAUAGAAACUCAGACGACUCGCAAAUGAACGACGAUUCCAGCGAUACGAAUAUGCCUUCAAGUAAUCACAUAGACACUGAGGUAACAACGGCAGGAAAACAAUCUACAAAUACCUCGUUUUCAACGAACGGCUCUUUAAAUGGCAUCGAUAGAGGCAGCCCAGCUAGGGACAUUCCCUCUAAACAAAAGAGCUUUAAUGUUGGUGCAAAAAAACCAGUUAAGCGAGUAAGGCAGCGAUAGGCAAAUGUGUUUGUUGAGGUUUAUUGAAAAUAAACACAAUUUAACUAUUGGAA